AUGGAUCUUGCUACCAUUAAGAGCCAGAACACACCAACCGUGGCAGAAAUAAUCAAAAACGGCGAAUCAACAGAACUAGACAGUCUGCGUAUUGACAAGCGAAAAAGUGUGUAUGUGUCAGGUCAAACUCAUAUUGUUAUUCGCCAAGAUUACCUUCUCAAGGAGCAGGGUAAACCGAUGGCCGAAUGGUUCGAAAAUUAUUUAGAUGCUGAUGCGAAGAAGACGCUGGUGGCAUACUCGAAAAAGCCUCAGGAGUCGUGGCCGUAG